UUCCCACCAUUAAAUACUAUUAACACCGUUUACUUCCUCUGAAAAUUAUCAUUUUUAUUUAUUAAUUUUCCCUCAUUUCCGAUCGGUGAUCGACGAUCGACGGGACCCUCCCAAAUCCUCGCCGCCGAUUCACCAAAAUUCCCACCCAUACUAUGACCCACAAGCUAACCCAAGACCCAAUCCAUUAAUUAUCCUCUUAAAAAAACCCUAAAUCCUUAACAAUUUCUGUGCUACCUUCCUCUAUUAUCGUCUAUAAAAUAAGCAGCAAAAAAGUUGUUUGUGUUUUUGUGUGUGUGAGACUUCACAGUACACUGAGAUUCAUGAAAUCAGGUCACUAUCUUGAUUUUCUCGACCUCCAAAGUACACGUGGCGAUCUGGGUCUUGCUUCACUUCUCAUUUUACUGUUCAAAUCUCAAUAGAAAAAUGUGGUUGUGCAUGAGAAUUGGGUGUUGCGUGAUGUUAUGCGCGCCGAGCUGGUCAUAGCUUUUGCAUCAAGUUUUUGGCUUUAUAAGUGACUUGAAUUUCUACAUGGAAGCCAAUGUAGAGGAGGCCCUUCGGGCAAAAGAGAUUGCUGAGAAGCGAUUUGCUGAAAAAGACUUUGCUGGUGCAAAGAAUUAUGCUUUAAAGGCAAAAACUCUGUGUCCUGGACUUGAGGGUAUAUCUCAGAUGGUGGCCACUUUUGAAGUUUAUAUUGCAUCUGAGAUGAAAUGCAAUGGUGAAAUUGAUUAUUAUUCAGUUCUUGGAUUGAAGCCUUCUGCAGACAGAGAUGCAGUGAAAAAGCAGUACAGGAAGAUGGCUGUGUUGCUUCACCCUGACAAGAAUAAAACUGUGGGAGCUGAUGGAGCAUUUAAACUUGUAUCUGAAGCAUGGACCAUGUUGUCAGAUAAUCUUAAGCGAAGCUCUUAUGAUCUCAAAAGAAACAAACAGAUGGCACCUUGUGUUGCACAGACAAACUUAUCUUCUGUUCAUACUGCUGGGGUCACAGGAUAUAACAAUUGUUCCAAUUCUUCAAAUUCUCAUGGACUGGACACCUUUUGGACUGUUUGCACUUCUUGUAAAGUUCAGUAUGAGUAUCUAAGGAAGUAUGUGAACAAGAGACUUUCAUGUAAGAACUGUCGAGGCACUUUCAUUGCUGUGGAAACUGGGACAGCUCCUGUGAAUGGUUCUUUUCCUUACACUCCCUGGUCAUAUGUUUCUGGUAGUGGGUACGGAAGUCAUGGAUAUGAUGGAGUUACAUAUGUCCCAACCACUGCUACUGUAUUUACAGGCAAUGGGAUUUCAGGAUUACCCACUGGCCAUGGGUAUGAGUAUGUCUCAAAUGUGUCAUUUCAGUGGAGCUCAUUCUCUGGAACUUCUUCUGCAGUUGUGGGUCAUAAUGGAUCUUCAGCUCUAUCCACUGAUGCUGUUUAUCAGGUUAAUGGAACUGCUACUGCAGCAAGAGCUAACCUUAAGUCAGCAGCCACUGGAAAGCGUGCCAUGAAAACUGCCAUUAGUAACGUGAAUCCAAAUGUCUCUGUUGGUUACAAUGAAUCUUUAGGUUUUAAGGCUGGUAGACCUGAUAAGAAAAGGAAGGUUGUUUUCGGAACGAACAUUAGGAAUGGAUAUGAAGAAAAGGGAUUGAAUUCUGCUCCAGAAGUAGGAUUAGCUAAUGGAAAUGCCAGUGUGGAGCAUAACCCCAAGCUUUCCAGUCCAAAUGAACUCCCAGCAAGACGCAUCUCAAUUGCACCUGCUUUUGAUGCUAGGAAGUUGUUGAUUGACAAGGCAAGGACUGAUAUUCGUAAGAAAUUAGAAGAGAUGAGGUCUGCUGCUGCUGCCGCUGCUGCUGCCGCCGCUGCUGCUGCCGCCGCUGCUGCCGCCGCUGCUGCCGCCGCUGCUGCUGCCACUGCCGAUUCAGCUGCUGCAAUUAAACAGAAAGCACAAGACCAAUCCAGAGGGGCAGGAGUUGCUCCUAAAUAUGAUAAUUCAGAUGUUUCCAGCCGUCAAAUAAAGCCAUCUAAAGCUGGGCCAGUCUCAAUAACAGUUCCUGAUCCUGAUUUCCAUGAUUUUGACAAAGAUAGAUCAGAGGAAUGCUUCAAGCCAAAGCAAAUAUGGGCUAUAUAUGAUGAAGAUGACGGCAUGCCUCGCUUGUACUGUUUGAUCCGCCAGAUUAUCUCAGUUAGUCCCUUCAAGAUUCUCAUCACUUACUUAAACUCUAAAACUGAUAGUGAAUUUGGGCCAGUGAAUUGGAUAGAUUCUGGAUUUACAAAAUCUUGUGGGCACUUCAGAGCUUGGAACACCGAUAUUGUCGAUCAAGUGAACAUUUUCUCUCAUCUUUUGAAAGGGGAGAAAGCUGGCAGGGGUGGCUGUGUUCGUAUAUACCCCAAAAGUGGAGAUAUUUGGGCUGUUUAUCGAAACUGGUCACCCGAUUGGAACAUAUCAACCCCGGAUGUUGUAAGGCAUCAAUAUGAGAUGGUUGAGGUUCUCGAUGAUUAUUCUGAGGAGCUUGGAGUUUGCAUUGCUCCUCUCAUAAAAUUGGCAGGUUUCAAGACAGUAUACCAAAGGAACACAAGCAAGGAUGCCAUUAGAUGGAUUCCUAGGAGAGAGAUGCUACGCUUUUCUCACCAGGUACCAUCUUGGUCGCUUGAAGGAGAAGGGAAUAAUUUGCCAGACAAGUGUUGGGAUCUAGACCCGGCAGCAACUCCAGACGAACUCCUUCAUGCUGCAACAGAAGGGAAGGAUUAGUUAACCAGAGUCAAGCAGGAGAGCAUGGUACAUCUGGAGUUGCGUUUAUCAUUUUUAUAGAAAAUUUUAGGUUGACUGUACAAUAUUUCACACCUGGUUCAAGGCCAAUGCAACAAUAACUCCAUAUGAUUUUUAGAUAAUUUGAUGUUUACUGAGGAAGGUUGUGUCUGGAAUUCUGAGUCAACUGACUGCUUAUUGACAGGAGUGUACUUUCUGUUCAAUGAGGCUGUUGUAACAUUUAUUUAGUUACAACCGAUAGCGAACUCAACGAAAAAUGUAGUCUUUGUAUGUUGGGCCACAAUUCAAUGCCAAAGAAUUGCGAGGCUCAGUCAGUGCAAUUCAACUGCUAGCCCUCUGAGUUUAUGAUUGCUGCUCAAUUCUUGGAAUGCAAGUGUACUUUUUAUUUCUGGUACCA